AUGGAUUCCCGGUUAAAGGUACAACUAGAUAGCUUUAAAAAGAAGUACAGUAGUCUUACAGUAACGAAUCUGUCCCCAACAUCCAGCAAAGAUGAUCUAUGGUCGAUUUUCAUGUCUACAGGAGAUAUCAAUAGCAUUGCGAUGAACAAAGAUGUGGCGAUCAUCGACUAUAUGGAUUCCGAAGCUGCUGGAAAGGCCGUCCGACGGCUGAAUCAUGUGGAAUUCGAUGGAAGGACACUGACAGUAACCAACGCAUAA